AUGAUCCAAGCAAAGUCCAUCUGCUUGAUUGCAUUGAUUGAUGAUAUUUAUGAUGUCAUCGACAGAUGGGACUUAACUGCCAUGGACAAGCUUCCAGAGUACAUGAAACUAUGUUUCUUUGCACUCUUCAACAUGGUGCACGAAGAAGGCUACUGGGUGAUGAAGGAGAAAGGCUUGGACAUUGUGCCUGGCUUAAAGAAAGAAUGGGGAAAUUAUGCAAAGCAUACUUUGAGGAAGCAAAAUGGUUCCACCAUGGACAAACUCCCAAGCUCCAAGAGUACUUGGAGAAUGGUUGGGUAUCAAUCUCUAAUCCGAUCAUGCUAUUUAAUGCUUACUGCAUGGGCAAAGACUUAA